CCCACCUUCUCCCACUUCACUCGUGACUUCUACGACAUGGCCCAACCAACCCACCAACUGCCCACACCUGUCCUUCGCAGCAAGAUGAGUCGCAAAAAGGAAGCGGCGGCCGCAAAGGCCUCCAAACGUCACAGUCUCACGCCGAUUCUCACAAAAACCAAACCCCUCUCUACCAAAGCCACCUCGGAAGACGACUACGACGCAUUCCUACAACACCUCUCCGACGAAAUCGUUGGCUAUCUGCGACAUCAACAGCAUGCCGGCCGCAAGGACUCUGUUUGCUCUUCUACCUGCUUUUCUCGCCCUGUCAGCAGCGACGGUGCCCGAUGAUCUGGCCCAGCUGAACGCCUCCUGCCAAGCAGUGGCCGGCAUUCUGAACGCCUCCCUGAACAACUCCACGGCAGUGCCGUCGACUCAGCCUUCUGCAGCGCCAAGCCCGACCACGAGCACCUAUGAUGCGCCUUACUUUGUCUAUGCCGAUUCGAUGCUCGACCUCUCCGAAGCACUCAUCCGUCGCGGCCAAGUCCCUCACGCCGAGCCCAACUUGCCCGUGUACACUGCCUUGCAAGGCCUGUACAACGUCAUCCAGUCCUACGGCUUCCAGCUCGACAACACCGGCAGAAUCUCCCGCAGCGCCCUCAUUCGCACACUGACAGUCGGCAAUUCCAUCGUCGACGCCGAAAGCGUGUGGGCGCGCAACCUGUCCGCCGCCGUCAUCUCCGCCGACAGCGACAAUCAGCGGAAGAGAGCCAGACGCACGGCGGGGUACGUUGCGUGAUCUCGCUUCACGGCCGACUCGCUGCGUCGCGUAUAGCACAUGAUUCAGAUUGCGGAUUUGUGUGUCUCGAAUACGCCUCGGAGGAAGCGGAUGCGGAUGCUCGGCAUGGAAAACUUCC